ACGGAACGCCUUUACUACGGACGGACAUGAGGACUCUGGCGUGUUGACUCGGACCCGACUCGCCUCUGGCUGGUUUCUUGGAUUCUUCCUUGUGAUUUACUCUCGAAACGCGGAGGGACGCGCCUUGCUUUUGACCACCAACGACGACAUAACACGAGUCCCAAUUCUCGCACGAACAAGAGCUCAUCUAGAACUUGACGAACGAACACCCCCACGAUGCCAGGACACGCAGGCGGGAUCCCCGCCGCGGCGCUGGGGACGACGUACAUUGUGCUACAGGACCUCACAAAUCCGACGAGCGAUCCCCAUCUGAAGUUGGCCGUGCACUCAGAGACGGGGGACCAAGUCGCGCUGAAGUACAUCCGGAAGCGGGACCAGAAACAGCAAGACAGAGUGUGGAAGGAAGUGGAGAACACGUACCGCCUUAAACAUCCCCACAUCGCGCGCAUGUACGGCUGCAUCGACACCCCCAAGCACCUCGUCCUCGUCAUGGAAUACCUCGAAGGCGGCGAGCUCUUCCGCUACCUCAUCACCCGCGGCCGCCUCCCCGAGCCCAAAGCCCGCGCGCUCCUCGCCCAGCUCACGUCCGCCCUCGAGUACCUCCACGCCCGCACCCUCUGCCACCGCGACAUCAAGCCCGAGAACAUCAUGCUCGACGACGCGCGCCAGAUUAAGCUCGUCGACUUUGGCUUCAGCGCCAAGUUCCCCAGCGGGAGUAUGGCGCCGGGUGGGAGCAAGACGCUGACGGACAGCUGCGGGAGCCCAACGUAUGCGGCGCCCGAGAUCGUGAAGGGGGCGCCGUAUCGGGGGCCGGAGGUCGAUGUGUGGAGCGCGGGGGUGGUGUUGUAUGUCAUGUUAUGCGGGAGGCUGCCGUUUGAAGGGAAAGACUUGCAGGAGACGCUAGCAUUGAUAGAACGAGGAAAGUUCGCUCUCCCGAGCGUGCUCUCCGACGACGCGAAGAGCCUGCUCAGCGCCAUGUUGUGCCACGACCCGCAAGCGCGGAUCCCCACCUUCAAAAUCCGAGAUCAUCCCUUCCUGCAAGGGACGGUACCGUAAGUGCCGAAUGUCCUCGAGGGUGGUUGUGCUUUGACGAAGUCUCCUCCAGUGGCCCACCACCCACCAUGGCCAGCUCCGCGGGCCUCGCGACCCUCAAGGUCGCCUCA